CGCCUGGCGCGCUUGUGGGCCCAAAAGAAACAUUCACGAUUGCAGCACGCGCCAUCCUCAAUCCACCAGUUUGUAAGGCGUGCAUCCACUUCACCACCAUCACACUUCGUCCACGCGCCGCGCAUCAUUCCUCACCGCACGCACGCGAAUUUAGCGCUUGCCAUCAUCACGACCGCUUCACGCCAAGUCAAGACAUCAAUACCCACGCACCUUUCCUCCGUGCCCCAAGCGCAAUGCCCAGCGGCUCCCGUCGUACCACGCCGCGUCGCGCGCGCUCUUCUUCAGUCGCAUCCAACGCGUCGGCUGGGUCUACCAGGAGCGCUCGAUCCAGCAGCAAGACCGCAAAGUCCCCCUCCAAAGGUCGAGCUUCUGUCAAGAGUUCUACUUCUGCUCUAGCUGCGAACAAUCACGAGGAACUCGAGCGCCCAGCUCUGCCUGUGAAGCGCAACCCUGUGCUGCCCAGCGAAGAUGUGCCCGUCAAGCUGCAAGUGAUCCGCCGAGAUGGAAAGAACAUCAUCAUUGGCCGCGUCAAGCUUCCUACUGUCAAUGGCUCAGACCACGCGUUCCUUUUGAAGCGAUUUGACACGAAUGCGGUCGCAGCAUCAUCGAUGUUCCGUCUCGCAUUUCCCUGGGCGACUGGUGCAGAGGAGCGGGCCGAGAUGGCUUACUUGGAAUCGCGUUUUGAUGCCGAGCGAGCCAAUGGAGGAGAGCCACGUGAGCCAGCCGCUACGCCGAAGCGUAAGCCUGGCAGGCCCAAGAAGCAGAGCGAGGAAGAAGCGGAAACGGAAUCUCACGGAACUGGCAGCACAGGGGUACGCUUGCAGGGGAUCUGGAUUCCGUCCGCAGAUGCAAUUGAAGUCGCUGAAGAAUAUGGACUCGAACAAUUCGCUAAACCUCUGAUUGAGGCUCGAGCCGAGCAUUCCGACGCUGGACCUCUCCUCACUCCGAGCAAGAACGACACUGUCUCUACGCCUAGCACUGCACGCACCAAGCGCGCGCGCACCAAGGUCGAGGAGACCGAAACGGCUUCUGUCACCGCUGACGGCAGCCCGGCCAUCAUUCGCACUCGCACAGUCACUGCACCCAAUGGGGAUGUCAAGUCAGAGAGCACCACGACUCCUCUGACGGACGCUCAGAUCGCGGCAGAUAUCAAGCAAGCCAAAGCACUAGCAGCAGAAGCCCAAGCUAGCGUAUCUUCUCGUGGAGGUUCCAAAAAGAGACGCGCUGUGGAUCAGAACGCCAGCGCUGACAUUGACCACUUGGCAGACGAUGAGGAUUAUCAGAGCAACGUCAUUGUGCGCUCAGUCAGACGAGGCGCUGGAGUGGUGCGCCAUCGCCCCUUGGCCACAUCCGCUGGUGCUAUUGGGACUGUGAGCGCCCUCGGUGUUGGAGCGCUGGCUUGGAUGUCGGGAGGAAAUGUGGAUGUGGCUACUCAAAUCAUCCAACAGGGGAUCGCAAACCUUGGCAACUGGUUCUAAAUUACCAACGCGCGAGGUGCUUUCGCGUUAAUCAGCUUUGCAUUUCUCGGGUCCCCUAGAUGGAUCCCUUGAAUACUACUCGGCCUGACUCGUACGUUGUCAUCAGUUUUGUUCGCGCUGGGGACAUUACGGAUCAUCAGAAUGUGCGCAUACGGACAAAACGGUCACAGCUUGCUCUGUGCCUAAUAGCAAUGCGUGCGCCAUUCUUCUACAUCGCGUAACCCCUUCUUCAGCGGUAAUGACAUGUCCAAAAAGAUCUGUCGCUCGUUCAGCUUCACACCACUUUAUCUCCCUUGCCUUUGCCCUUGUUGCUACGAUACCGCUUGUACUACAGAGACGCUCUCCAAAAGCCAGGAAACACCCGCUUCGAAUGGAUGACUUUGUUAACCAAC